AUGGGUGGUGAGGCAUCUACACACGGAGAUGUGUAUAGCAUUGGCAUCCUUUUGUUGGAAAUGUUCACAGGAAAGAGGCCCACUGAUGACAUGUGUUAUAAUCUAAGCCUUAUUACAUUUGCAAAGAAGGCUUUUCCAGACAAAGUAAUGGAGAUUGUGGAUCCAAUACUCCUCUCAAAAGAAGAAGAUGGAUCUGUCCAAAACACCGAGAUAAUAAGAGCUCAAAGAGGUAGAGUGCGAGAACGCUUGAUUGCAGUGAUCAGGAUUGCAGUUGAAUGUUCCACAGAAUCUCCAAGAGAACGGAUGGAAAUGAGAAAUUUUGCUACAGAAAUGCACGAGACUAGGGACGUAUUUGUUGGGGCUGAGACCCUCGGACAGAGAAGAAAUAUGACCAAAUUGUUAGGUGAAGAUCCAUCUUACCUCAGUGAUUAUUGA